UUUUUAUUUAUAUUUUUAGCUUUUUACUUCAUUUUUUAUUUUUCAUUAAUUUAAUUCGAUUUCUGUUGGUGUGCUUUCCUUCUCGUUUGGACAUGCCAUGAGACCUGUUAGUGGAGUCCUGUUUGGGUGUGCCAGAAGAGAGUGGUAAAUAGAGAUGGGCAUCGGGCUAAGCCUGGCACGGGCGCCAUGGACAGACGGGCCGUGCCAGGCUUAGCCUAUGGCUCCAAACUCGACUCCUACACCAAGACCGUCCGCGAGGUCCCCUACAACCUCUCUGUCCUUGAGAUAUCUGCGCCCAUCAUCUUCCCUGGCCUCCUCGCCGCCCCCUCCGCCGCCUCCUCCAACCUCACCGCCCUUCUCGAGAAGGCCGGCUGCAAGACCUUCGCCUCCCUCCUCGCCUCGUCUGGUGUCCUUAAGAUCUUCCAGUCCGCCAUGGAUAAAGGCCUCACCCUCUUCGCCCCCAACGACGAGGCCUUCAAGGCCUCCGGCGUCCCCGAUCUCCACUCUCUCUCCAGCGCCGAGCUCGUCACCCUCCUCCAGUACCACGCCCUCCUCACCUACACCCCCAAAUCCUCGCUCAAAACUGCCAAGGGCCGGAUCGCCACCAUGGCCUCCACUGGCACCGGCAGGUACGACUUCUCCGUCGUCUCCCGCGGCGACGACGUCUCCCUCGACACCUCCCGUGUCGCCAGCACCGCAUCUGUCCAUUGGUUCAGGCCCUUAUGGGCUGUUCCGGGCUGGCCCGCGGGCCGUGCCGUGCUUGGCCUACGAAUCGUGCCAGCCCAGGCCCUUAUGGGCCGUGCCGGGCUCGGCCCGCGGGCCAGAAAUUCUUAACCCAACCCGGCUCCUUUUUAUGAGCCGUGCCUAGCACGACCCGUUACUGUAGCAAGCGCUUCAUGCCGGGCCGUGCCGGGCCAUGGGCGGCCCGGCCCAAUGCCCACCUCUAGUGGUAACAGACCAAAUGGUGAGAGUAGAUGCUUCCGAGUGUGUCACUAGCAUCGGAUCAACAAGCAAGGUGAUGGUGAUUGAAGGAUGGAUAAAAAAUAGCAUGAGUCCAAGUGCUUGGCUAGGUAGUAUAGAUCUAAGUUAAGUUAUAGCGCUACUCCUAAGGUAUGAACUAUGGAAAACUAAGAUAAGAUAAAAUAUAUUGAUUUGAUUGUCCAAGGAUCCUAAUACAGAGUACAAAUUACUAAAAUAUAAUAAUUGUCCAUUCCGGUAGUUACUACCCAUGCAUGGCCUCUACAUCUAACGGCUUUAAUAACUGACGCUAGUUAUCUUCCAGUAUAUUAACCAUCAAAUUGAUAGCCAUAUAUCAUCAGUUUUAGCUUAUCCUAACAUGACUUGUAUUGGUCGUCUCUAUUUUGAGCCCAUAAUACAAUUCUUGUACUUGGAAGUAUCUCUAAGAUCGCUUUGAUCAUCUCGAUCUACUCAUAUGUAUUGGAGUUGAUCAUGGAUAGAUCUUGAGCUCUCACCCUCUUUCUUCUAUCUGUGCAUUCACACUUGGUGAAAUUUAUUACGGCUAAACUCUAUCCAGUUCAGCAAGAGUCACAUGACCCUCAUCGAUUAUGAAUCAUCAAACUUGAUCCAAGUGGCACCUGCUCUUGGUGCCACCUAGAUUGCUAAGAUGGGUGCAAACAUUGCUCGUCACAUCUUGUUGGCCAAUGAUCAAGAGACCAACUGAAUGUCUGUCAUCAUCCCUUCGGUACUUGUAGAAUAAAAUCCCGCAAUUAUAAUCUCGAUUUGCCAUAUGUCUUCCUUCACAGAAUACUCUUAUGGACUAGAAUGGCCCACACAUUACUCAAAGGAUCUUCCGUGUCCAUAGAGAUCCGGUGUUAUCUUCUGCAUUAAUGGGGAUUUUGGUUUAUCUUCUAAUAAGGCACACAUUAUCUCCAUAAAUAGGCAUUGCAUCUUUCUCUCGACGCUUAUCUUUCUUCCUCCUAACUAGAUGAUAUAUAAUACUAUAACUCCUGACAGCUACUGAAAACUAUAACUCCUAGAGAGAGCAAGAGUAUCCUACGAACCGCCAUCCAAUGUUUUCCAAAAAGAGUGGAAGAGACUAAAAAUUUGAAAGGCCUAUAGAAUGGAAACUAUCAUAGUAAGGCAUUAUCAUUUGUACUGGCCUUUUGGCCAAAACAUUUGUGAAAUCCCUAACUAGAUAAUAUAUAAUACUAUUUAUUUAGUUCGUUUUCAAAUCGAAUUUAUCAUUUCGAUCUUCAAGCAGCUUUUCGUAUAAUAUUGAGACCCAUAUUAUCCAUAAUCCACAUGAGGAUCUUUAAUUAUAUAUAUUGCUGGGUAUUAGGCCAAAGCGAUGUCUAUAUUGUCAUGCUGCCUCUUGGCAUAUAGAGUAUGCAUCACAUAGAGAAGCUCCAAAUGCACCCCUUGAUAAGGUCGCCCCCCUUGAUAAGGUUUCCCCCUAAUCCUUGUGAUGCAAAUUGUUGGUGCUGUAAAGCUAUUAAAAUUUUGCUCUUUAUUCCUGGACAAGCGGUCAAGAAUUAUUCUCGGCAUAGAUUUGCUAACUUCACUAGCAAUCUUCUACAAUUCACUAUGACCAAUAAUCUCAAAUAUUAACCAAGUAUUGACUGAAAUAUCCUUUGACUGUUCAAUUUGACGUAACCUUGCUGGCAUGAUUUUUGUGCUCCCUUGAUUAAUGAAUUCCAAGAGUUCUAUUGAAUAAUAUUCAGCAGUUACCUCUUGAUGAGCUGAAACAUCAAAUUCGGGUUUUUCAGAAACUGUAAUACUUCCAUGUAAAAUUGAUUCAUCCACCACAAGUAUAGGAUCAGUUUCCUCUUCGACGGGAUAAACUGCAAUGGACUGUGGUUGAACCUCAAAUUCGGGUUUUUCAGGAACUGCAAUACUUCCAUGUAAAAUUGAUUAAUCCACCAGAAGGAUAGGAUCAGUUUCCUCUUCGACAGGAUAUACGGCAAUGGACUGUGGUUGAACAUAUCAGCUUUUUAUUAUAGGAACAAGCUUUUUAACUCAUUCCGCUAUUGAAGCUGUAAAUAAUUCAUACCGCUCCACGAGUGGCCUUAGCACAACGGCCACUUUCUUUGUAGCUACUUUCUUGACUUUCUUUUACAAUGGCAUGAUGGUAGUUACACAGCGUCUUAUUGGAACCAAUGUGAUGAUGACUACACAAGAUCCCACUGAACGUGCCACUAAGCUUACUAGGCUUACUAUUCUUUAGUUGUAAUUUGACUAUAUUAGUGGUCGUAUUAAAUUAUAAAACAUGCGACAUGGCAUAUUCUAUACUAGUCAAUAUAUCGUACCUUCAUUCUUGCUUUCUUCAAAUGAUUGAUCAUCCUGUAUCACUUUCCCAUGAUAUCCUUAGCUGGCACUUUAGUUUAUGGGUACCAACAAUCCUACUACCUUCCCUAUGAAUAUGAAUAAUGUCUUUUACAUUUUAGGAAGUUUUUGGAAAGAACAGGAAAAGCCAUAAAAAAUUUAAAGGGGAAUGCUUACUAGUGCUCCAUCAAGAUGUAACAAAUCUAAAAGAAAACUGCAAGUAAAAUAAAAGUUAUUGGGGAGAAUACAAUGACAUUCUCCUCAUAAAUGAUUAUGCCUCAAAUCCAAAAUGGUAAAAUGAUUAUGAUGUUUGGUGACAUUUUGACGCAAUUAUGUGAAAAUUCUUGAAAACCUGUCUUAUCUCUCCUAAUCUCCAACUAUAUCAAGGUGGCAGACUGCUUUACUGUACAUUUUUUAGUCUCUUUUUUUGGAAUUAUUCCCACUCUAAAAAGUAAUACUCCUUUAUCAAUGGAUGAGCCGAAGGAGACAAGAAAAAAGGAAGAGUAUGAGCCAAAGGAUUCAACUAGAAUUAGAAGAAAGGGCGUCUCACUGAAAUGUAGCAAUUGCCUACAAUGGGGGCAUAAUUUUAGCACUUGCAGAGGGUCCAGGAAGGAGAAGGUAGAGAGGAAGGUUCAGGGAAGUAGAUCUAGUUAAUCUAGUUGAGACAGCAGCCAAGUGGGUGGUCAGAGAGGUUCCUCGCUCUCAGAGACCAUCCAAGAAGAGAGCUGUUUGCUCCCAGCCAGCAGCAGCCUCCCUGCCAGCACCCUCACAGCCAGCAGAAACCUCCCAGCCAUCACCCUUGCAGCCAGCAGAAACCUCCCAGCCAUCACCCUUGCAGCCAGCAGAAACCUCCCAGCCAUCAUCCUCACAGCCAGCAGCAGUCUUCCAGCCAACACCCUCAUAGCCAUCAUUAUGUUCUUGUAUACAUGGUGUCUGACAGUAUGUUUGUCCUACAGCUAUUAUGGUAGAGAGGAGAGAGGAUUCUGUUUUGGUGUACAUCGUGAUACUUUUGAUUGUAAUACGUUGUGAUACUUUUGGUGUACAUUAUGAUAUAUUCUAAUGCCUUUGUCGUACAAUGAAUGAUGAAUUUUGUUUU